UUUUUCGUAUGUUCUCAAGCGAUUUUUUUUGUGAACUGAACAACGGUCGAAAUCGUAACACGCAGUUUCUUCUCGCGGGAAAUGGAAGCAGCGUGAAUCUCUGAUCUCCGGUCGUUUAUCGUGUCAAGUUCUGUGUUGUGAAAAAUGGAUGCGAAAAACAGUGUGUUCACAUCGGCAGCCAUCGCGGCCGUGCAAAUAAGCGUUUUUAUAUACGAUGUCGUCACGUAUCCAGUUUACACCCUUUUGGUGCAACCAUGGAACACCAUCAACAACGCUCGGCGGAAAAGGGCGAAAGUCGUAGAGACCAAAUCGAGUCACAUAACUUACCGAAGCAUGACACCGAUGAAGCAGUUGCAGAUCCAGCUUAGGGACGAAGGAAUUGAUACUAUGGUUGGAGUAUUUUCGCAUGCCGUUCGUACGCAUCAUGCUCUACCUGCUCUUGGUACGAGGCAACUUCUGGAGGAAAAGGGAGAAGAACAGGCUGAUGGACAAUCCGGGAUUUGGGCAACAUGUUCCAGACAUCCCGAAAGCGACUUCGCGCCACUAAUGCUUCAAUUGAGAAGACUUGACCUUUUUUGUUUGGGAAAAAUUUUGCAGUUCGUGCUGGGUGAUUAUGAGUGGAGGACCUACGCUCAGAUAGACCAGCAGUCGACGAAUUUCGGAUCGGGUUUGAUUUCUCUCGGACAAAUGCCAAAGCGGAACGUUGUUAUUUUGGCUGAAACGAGGACUGAAUGGCUUGUCGCUGCCUAUGGCUGUAUGAAGUUCAACAUUCCAAUUGUUACUCUGUAUGCGACUUUGGGCGAAGACGCUCUGGCUCAUGGGAUCAACGAAACGGAAGUGACGCACAUCAUUACCUCGUAUGAAUUGUUACCGAAGUUCAAGAAGAUUUUGCCGAUUACUCCGAAAGUAAAGCAUGUUGUCGUCAUGGAACAUCAGCUUCAUGAGUCGAAAUUCGACGGUUUUCGCCCGGAUGUACAGUUCACCGCUUUCAAGAAAGUCAUCGAAAUCGGAGGAGGAGCUGAUGAGAAACCCAGUCCACCGAAACCUUCAGACACCGCAAUCAUUAUGUACACCAGUGGGUCUACUGGAACACCGAAGGGAGUCGUUCUGACGCAUUGCAAUUUGGUGGCAUCCAUGGUGUCGUUUUCUGCGCAACUUGACUUUUUGCCGGACGAUGUUUUCAUGGGAUUUUUGCCUCUGGCUCACGUACUUGAAUUGCUAGCCGAGUCCGUAUGUUUGUUGGUUGGAGUCCGGAUUGGUUAUUCGAGUCCCUUGACCAUAACGGAUACAGCCAGUAAAAUUAUGCGCGGAUCGAAGGGAGAUGCGACUGUGUUGCAACCGACGAUCAUGGCUUCAGUACCACUUAUCCUCGACCGAAUCUAUAAAGCCAUCACGGAAAAGGUGAGCAAGGGUUCGCCGCUUCAGAGGGCGAUAUUCAAGUUCGCCUUUGAUUACAAACGAAGAUGGGCCAGCUAUGGUUACACGACUCCGAUGCUGGACAGGAUCAUUUUUGGCAAAGUGAAGGCCAUUGUUGGAGGACGUUUGCGAGGAAUUGCUGUGGGUGGAGCCCCGUUGUCACCUGAGACGCAGGAAUUCAUCAGAACUUGCUUGGGAUGCAAAGUGGUGCAAGGAUAUGGUUUAACGGAAACUACUGCUGCUGCCACUCUUCAGUCUUGGGAUGAUAUGAACUUGGGCUCUGUGGGUUCCCCCUUAUCUUGCUGCGACAUCAAGCUGGUGAACUGGGACGAAGGCAACUACAAGGUGACGGACUCUCCGAACCCACGGGGCGAGGUGCACAUUGGAGGCGACAAUGUAUCGAUGGGAUACUACAAAAACCCGCAGAAAACGGCCGAAGACUUUUACGAAACGCUGGAUGAAGUUAACGGAGGCAUCAGGAGAUGGUUCAAGUCGGGAGACAUCGGGGAAAUGCUUCCGGAAGGCGUUGUUAAAAUCAUUGAUCGAAAGAAGGACUUGGUGAAGCUGCAGUACGGCGAGUACGUGUCCCUCGGAAAGGUGGAGACGGAAUUGUCGACUCUCCCUAUCGUGGACACCAUUUGCAUCUACGGCGACCCUACGAAGCUGUUCACGGUCGCCUUGGUCGUCCCGAACCAGAAACAAAUUGAGGCCAUGGCCGCCAAAAUCGGCGUCGCCGGCGACUACGACGCGCUCUGCAACUCUGAACGCAUGUCUGCCGAAGUCCUCAAGGAGCUCCAAGCGCACGGAAAGAAAUGUCGAUUGGAGAAAUUCGAAAUCCCACAAGCAGUGACUCUAUGUUCGGAAAUGUGGACACCCGACAACAGUCUCGUGACAGCAGCCUUCAAACUACGUCGGCUGAACAUUGAGAAGCGGUACAAAGAAGACAUCAAUAGGAUGUACAGUUGCAGCGGUUGAUGCAAGCGUUUCGAUGAUGGUCGCAGAAAAGAAAAAAAAAAAGAGAAAAAGGAAAAACCCUAGCACUAAUCUUGCUUAGCCAAUUUGAGACUGGCCUCUUGUAAUUUCUCUCAUUUUCCCCCUUUUUCGUUGUUGUUGUUCUGUAUUGUUUUCUCCUUCUUCCCUCGUCGUCGUCGAAUCCAUUCAUUCAUUCAUUCCUUGAGUGUCCAGGGAACAAAAUAUUUCGUCGCCCGAGAAUUUCUCCCUCUCGCGAAAAAAGGGGCUUUAGUCAGAAUAGUUGGGAAACAAAAAUGCGUGCGAGUUAUUUUUGGGUGGAAUGGUCCUAAUUUGUAUCGAUUUCUUGAGGCAUUAUAGGCUCACACGAUGCUGACAGUGAAUUUUUAAGCUUUCAUUUCUCUCUCUCUCCCCCCCCCCCCCCUGGACUUUCUAGCGGCGGAAUCAAAACGCUAAGUCUUGACAUUUUGUAUACCGCUUUAAGCUGGUGUGAGGCUGGUGUGUGUUUUAUUUUGUUUCCUUUCUUGCUGCUGGGUUGUGGGAUUUCGCAGGAACAUGUGUCAUCCGUUGACCUUGCUUUUGGGUUAUUCCGGCUUGUUGGACGCGACUGGUUUUCUGUUUUAUUUUAUUUAUUCUUUGCCCCGAGGGGUUUCUCAAAGGUCCUCAUCUAAUUCACCUAGGCAUCAUUGGCAAUUUGAGAGAGUAAUGUCUUACUCUUGAAAAAAUAAUAGGACCUAGUCAUUGAAUUCAGUGCCUGGAAGUUAUUUUUUAG